AAAAAAAAAAAUCCAGCUCGAAUUAUAGAUGUGUACUUUUUUGCCCUUUUCCAAAACUCAUCCCCACUUUAUAACGGCUAUUUUGGAAAGUGAGGCCGCUGAAGCGAGAGAAAGAUCAAACCAUUGAAGAGAGUGCAUAUAAGGAGAGCACCCACUCUCUCUCCAUCUGGUUUCUGCCCUCUGAUAACUCAAUACUGUCGCUUCAAGGAUGAACGCCAUGAAUAUCUUCAAGAAGAAACCCUCGGCCAAAGAUGCUUUGAGAACAAGUAAGAGAGAGAUGCAAGUUGCCACCAGAGGAAUCGAAAGAGAGAUAGCAGCCUUGCAAUUAGAGGAGAAAAAACUUGUUGCGGAGAUUAAGAAGACAGCAAAAACAGGGAAUGAGGCUGCCACAAAAAUCUUGGCUCGCCAACUUGUUAGGCUAAGGCAACAAAUUGCUAAUUUGCAAGGAAGCCGUGCACAAAUCAAAGGUGUCGCAACCCACACACAGGCAAUGUAUGCCAAUACUUCAGUAGCUGCUGGAAUGAAAGGUGCUAGUAAAGCAAUGGCAGCAAUGAAUAAACAAAUGGCUCCUGCAAAGCAAGCAAAAGUUUUGCAAGAAUUUCAGAGACAAUCAGCUCAAAUGGACAUGACGAGCGAAAUGAUGUCAGAUGCUAUCGAUGAUGCAUUAGACAAAGAUGAAGCCGAGGAAGAAACUGAGGAGCUCACAAACCAGGUUCUUGAUGAAAUAGGUGUUGAUAUUGCUUCUCAGUUGGACUCAGCUCCCAAGGGACGUAUUGCACAGAAAAGAGCACAAGGCGUUCAGAGUUCCGAUGUCGACGAUCUCGAGAAGAGGUUGGCGUCCCUUAGGCACAUGUGACCUGUUCUUCCCCAUUGAUAUUUGUAUAUGUAAAUGUCUCUUUAGCAGCAGUGGUUGCUUGAAAGAUCUUUUGGUUGGUCCAAGAGCAUUUGUUUCCUUUGGUCCACCACAGUUUCUCUGUUAAGCAGCAUGAUCUCUCUCUCUCUCUCUCCAAAUUUAUUUUGAUGAUGUAUCUGUGCACACACAUGAAGUUGAAUGAUGCUUGGCUCUUGAUUGCCUUCAUAUUCUACUUAUACUAAUCAUGCUAGUUCCUCUCUAUA